AUGAUGCCUUGCCGGUUGAUAGUUAUGCGGCAUGGUGAGCGAAUUGAUGACCUAUUUCCGGAAUGGAUUCGCAAAUCCACAAUAUCCGGAUCAUACCAAGCUUUCGAUUUAAACAUGCCUCUCGCUCUUCCGGACCUGAAACGACCGUUCAAACAUUACGAAGAUGACACGAUAAUUUCGGAAAUGGGCUAUAUUCUUGCAGAAAUGGUUGGAAGAGGACUCCUUAUUAAUAAAUCUAUACCAGACGUUAUUUAUACGUCGCCAGCGUUACGCUGCGUGCAAACGGCACACUCAGUACUAAAGGGAAUGGACAAAGAGGAUAAAAUUAAAAUUCGGAUUGAACCAACACUUUUCGAAUUUACCGAUCUUCAUCCAAGCGGACAACCGAAAUUCGCAACACCCGAAGAGCUUUACGAUGCUAAAUUCAACAUCGAUACUGAUUAUGUGCCACUCACAACAAUGGAUAAUAUUUGGAAAAUGAAUGAAACAGUCGAAAUGUAUAGCAAACGUGUACAAAAUCUGCUAAAACGAUUAGCUACGACAAAGGAAUGGAGUCAGCGAACUGAUGGUGCCUUAAUUUUGGUUGUUGGUCAUGCAUCAACGGUAGAUUUAGCAAUCGGUGCAUUCCGAAAACCACCUCGAGCAGUUCUUGCUCGAGAGCUAAUCAAUCACGGAGCAAAAUUCCCCUACUGCUGUACCGCAAUUAUCGAUCGAUUGGACGAUGAUCGAUGGUUGUACAACGAAUCUGCUUUACCACCCAUUACUUAUAUGAAUUUUAGUUCCAAAAUUAAUCGAGAUUUCGCUAUGCGCGAACGAAUUGCAACAUGA